AUGGAUUGUUAUAGCUACGUAAAUUAGAUUAUUGUUACUCGAAAAUAGUACAAAAUUUUUAAUUAAUGUUAUACAACAUACGAAGUUACAUUAUUGAAAAUAAUCUUUCUUUUUAUCUUAUAAAAUAAUAACAAUAGUAAUAAUAAUAAUAAUACAAAAAAUAUUGCUACGUUUAACCAUAUUCGAAGUUUAGUGGUAUUAGGAGAAGCUUAAAAUUUUCAUUGUUUUUCAACAAUAAUCUCUUAAAAUAAUACAAUCAAAAUGAUAGAGGAAAAUGUUUACGAAUCAAGGCCAAGUGUAUUUAAUUACACUGAGGCAGACGACAGAACACCAUUACUACCAAAUACUGAAAGCAAUAUGGCAGAAAAAACAGCCGGAAUUUCUCAAGAAACCCUUGUUUCCCAAGGUGGGCAAACAAUCAAAGCAAAGAGGCUUCCUCAAUAUAUUGCAAGUUUAGCAGCUACAUUAGGAGCUGUGGCAGCAGGAAUGACAUUAGGAUGGACCUCACCAGCUGGAUUAAAUGGUGUCAAUUUAAAAACUAUAUCUGAUGUUCCUAUUAGUUUAGAAGAGUUCUCAUGGAUCGGAGCACUCACACCACUUGGUGCUGCAGUAGUAUGCAUACCAAUUGGUAUUCUUACAGAUAUAAUAGGCAGAAGGCUUUCUAUGUUAAUACUCACGAUUCCUUUUACAAUUGGCUGGCUAUGUAUUAUUUUUGCCAACUCUGUAACUUUAUUUUAUAUUGGAAGGUUCAUUACAGGUGUUAGCGGUGGAGCUUUUUGCGUGACAGCUCCCAUGUACACCGCAGAAAUAAGUGAAAGUGAAAUUCGUGGAAGUGUGGGUUCAUAUUUUCAGUUACUCCUCUCUGUAGGUAUUUUACUUACGUACCUUUUAGGUACCUGCGUAAAUAUGUUCUACUUAUCUAUUAUAUGUGCAGCUGUACCAAUAAUCUUUUGUAUAAUAUUCUUCUUCAUGCCUGAAACUCCUACAUUUUAUUUAAUGAAGGGAAAUGAAAAUGCUGCUAGAGCAAGUUAUAUUCGACUUCGCGGAAAUCAAUAUAAUUUUGAGCCAGAAUUAAUUGCACAGAAAGAGGCAUUAGAAGAGUCUAAGAAAAACAAAGUAUCAUUUCUAACAUCAUUGAAAUCAAAAGCUUGUAAGAAAGCCAUAAUAAUAUCGUAUGGUCUUAUGUUAUUUCAACAAUUAAGUGGAGUAAAUGCUAUUAUAUUUUAUGCUGGUUCUAUAUUUUCUUCAGGAAAUAAUUCUCUUCAAUCUGAUACAGCUAGUAUCAUAGUAGGUGUAAUGCAAGUAAUUGCUGUAUUUGUUAGUACAUUGAUAGUUGAUCGUUUAGGUAGAAGGUUAUUGCUUUCAAUAUCUAUUAUUGCUAUGUUUCUAUGUACACUCAUACUUGGUGUUUACUAUUAUAUUCAGGAAGAAGGAGAUGCAAGUAAUAUAAGCUGGUUACCUCUUUUAUCUAUUUGCGUUUUUAUAAUUUUAUUUUCACUUGGGUUUGGUCCUCUUCCAUGGAUGAUGAUCGGAGAACUUUUUGCUCCAGAAAUCAAAGGUGUUGCUGGCAGUAGUGCUUGCUUAUUGAAUUGGUUAAUGGCAUUUAUAGUCACCAAAGUUUAUUCUAAUUUAGUCAUUGCUUUACAUUCUUAUGGUACAUUUUGGUUAUUCUCACUCAUUUCUGCUAUUGGUAUCGCUUUUGUCCUAUUGUUGGUUCCAGAAACGAAAGGAAAAACAUUAGAACAAAUUCAACGAGAAUUAAACGCAUAGUUAGGCAUUUAGAAGAAAUCUCUAAUAUGUAAAAUACAUUUUUAUGUAAGAGAUUAAACAUUUUCAUAUUGCAAGACUGAUUCUUUUGUAAAUUUUGGAAGUCUGUAAUAUGUUUUAGACGAAUAUAUAUAUAUAUAUAUAUAUAUAUAUAUAUAUAUAUAUAUAUAUUAUUUAUAAUAAAAGAGAUAUAUUCUGUACCAUUUAUAAUCGUUUAAAUAAACGUAUAUUGCUAUUAUUAUUAUUAUAAUUAUAAUUAGAAUUUAAACGAAAUUAAUUUUCAAAAUAUCUUUUAAAAUUCCUGUUGUUAAAUAAUCGUAUUGGAUCGAUGUGUUACCUAGCGGAAAAUCUUUGAUACUAAUACUUAUGUAUCCAUUGAAAAUAGUAUUCAUAUUUGUAAAAAUACAAAUUAAUUCUAUUUUUAUUUUGAAACAUAGUAAAUCUGUCGAAGAUUUAAAAGCGUAUUUUUAAUAUUAUAUAGAGAGCACCACUUUCGUAUAAAUCUAUAUAAAUAUUCAUACAAAUAAUAUUUUUCUGUUUUUAUUUGUACAUUAUGAUAUGAAAUAAAUUACAAUAAAUAAAUAAAUUGAAUAAGUCAAUUUUAGAAAUAUUUAGUAACACGUUCAAAUAUAUAACAAAUCACAUUUCUCAUAAUUCUUGUUCGUUUGAUAAUAAAAAUAUCUAUAGAACACGAAUUUUAAUGAUUAAUGAAUUAUUAAAACAAUUUUAUUUUUAUGAAAAGUUAUUGUGAAAAGCAAAAAAAAAAUAAAAAGAAAAAAAUUUUCACUCACAAUUCUAUUUGCGUUUCUUCAUACCGUGUAUAAGUGAGAUAUACUAAAAAAAUAUCUGUAUAAUGAUAUUUGAUAAUAUCAGUAUAAGUGAGAUAGACUAAAAAAAAAGAGAGAGAAACAGAUGAUCGGAAUGAUGAAGUGUAGUUGACGAAACGAAUCAACGAGAAAUAAGACGAAAAUAAAUGUGUCUCAAAAGAA